AUGGGCAGCAGGAAUGACAUUAAUGAGUUGGCUAAAUAUUUCCAAAAUACUUCACUGUCUGCAAAGCCUGAAAAUGAAUCAAAAGAUUCAGCUUAUAAAAGAACUAACAAUGACAUCACUGUUGAUAAACAAGUUUUUUCUAGACGUUUGCCGUUAGAUAUAGAUAUUGCAAACAUGAAUGAAGCAUUCGGAGGUGCGAAGCCAAAACAAGGUCAUUGGCACAGCGAUCGACAUAGGACAGUCAUCGGUAGUAAUCAAAGAAGACCUACAUUUGGGCAUGACGACAGAGAAAAGUAUUAUUCAAUAUCUGAAAAUAAAGAUCGCGAGGCAAGUAAAGUAGAACAAAACAAAGACACUCGUCGACAACCGAUAUACAGUAAAAGUACGACUUUGGCGUACGACAACCCUGAAUGGCGGCAUUCAGUAUCAGAAGAUAAAAGCAAUUUCUCAGACAAGUGGAGACCAAUCAAUGCCGACGUGACAAAACACAAAUCAUCUUUUAAAUCCUCAGCAAGUUCAAGAACGAGUGAGAACACAUUAGAUGUUGGUUUUGAUCCAGUGCCAGAUGCAGAAGCAAAGCGUAAUCGUGCUGAGAAUGAUGUAAAAAGUAGCUGUUUACCAAAAGCAAACAUAAACGUCAGCACAGGAAUUUUCAGAAUGGAAAAAAGUAGAGGAGAUACACAAAAGGCAAAUUAUAAUAAUACUUGUGACAAAACCAUUCGAAAUAACGGGAAUACGAGGGAGACUGAUGACAAAAAAACACAUACCCAGAUUUAUGUUGUGAUUUGUGACGAAGUUUCAAAUGAGCGGAGAAUUCAAGAUUUUUUAUAUCAGCGGAUGGGUAGACCGGAGUGGUUGACUUUAGAGGUUAAGUGUGUUGAGAAAAUGGUAGGACUCAGCGAAGGAUGCACCUUGGUAACAACGUCAUUUGCAAGUGCAAGCACUGCUAGCAAAGCAGUAGAUCUUCUGCACAGUUCCAACAAAAACUUUUCCAGCAAAGUUCAUGUAUUCAUUAGCAAGAAAAGUGCCCUCGGCGAGGAGCUGACGAUGACUGAUAAACGUGAGGCUGAAAUUAAAAAAGCUCGAGAGGAAAUGCUAGAAACGGCAGAACAUUUUGUGCAAAAACACAAUAUGAAAAUAAAAGAAAAGGAAGAUGAAAUCGGGGAAAUCGACACCGUAUUGCAUAGACAGAAAAUUUCAUUCAAUGUUUAUGACAAACUAUCAGACAAGAAGUCGGCUUUGGAUGACAAGUUACAGGAGCUAAAAUCACAAAAGGGAGAGUUUUGUAAAUACAAAGCAAUAGAAACAAAAUUUGAAGACAUAAUAGAUAAUGAUAAAUUCGGAAAUGAUUUGAAAGAAAUUCGAAAGGCUCUUGGUGUCGAAUGCCGGCGCUUAGAAGCAGCCCUACCGAUAUAUGCAAGACGAGAGGACAUCCUUACAACAAUACAGGACAACCAGGUUGCUGUUGUACUUGGCGAAACGGGAUCUGGAAAAUCCACUCAAAUGGUCCAGUACCUGUAUCAAGUUGGAUAUGGAGGCAAAGGCCUUAUUGCUUGCACUCAGCCUAGAAAGAUUGCAGCAAUCAGUCUGGCGACCCAUGUGUCCAAAGAACUAGCCUCAAGCGUUGGACAAAAAGUUGGCUAUCAAGUAGGCAUGCAGAUAAAGAAAACAGAUAUCACAAAGGUUUUGUAUAUGACUGAUCACAAUUUGCUGAAUGAAUGUUUAACAGAUAGGUCGUUAUCAAAGUACUCUUGUGUAAUUAUUGAUGAGGCCCAUGAGAGAAGCAUUCAAACAGAUUUACUUUUAGGACUUCUUAAGCAUUGUUUGAAAACCAGACCAGAACUCAAAGUUAUUGUGACGUCUGCAACAAUUGACCCAGACAUAUUUGUUCAGUACUUUGGGGGUCCACAAAACUGCCCCGUUUUAAGUGUUUCCGGUCGUGCAUUUCCCGUAGAUGUCAUUUGGGAUCAUGACGAAAUGUACGAUAGCCAAUAUUCAAACGAUUUUGAGAGGAAGGCCCUUCAGAAAGCUAUUGACAUCCACACAGGAACUGAUGUUAAUUCUGGGGAUAUUAUUGUGUUCCUUACAUCUGCUUUUGAGACAGUUAGGUGUGCGGAACGGUUCAAAGAAAAAAGUGUAGACCAGAAUUGCAUCUGUUUGCCGCUGCACGGAAAACUAAAACCAGGAGAGCAACAACUAGUUUUUGAUCCAACUCCGAAGGGAAAGCGAAAGAUUAUUUUCUCGACUAACAUUGCUGAAACUUCCGUCACAAUAGAUGGCAUUACGUAUGUGAUAGAUACUGGGCUCGUGAAAGAAAUGCGUUUUGAUCCUAAACGUUACAUGAGUUCUUUGGAUGUUGUGACUGUAAGCAAGAGCUCCGCCAAUCAGCGUAAAGGAAGGGCGGGGAGAACUGCUGCAGGAACAUGUUACAGACUCUAUGCGCAAACUGACUUUAGCAAAAUGGAAAAAUCUGGAACUCCCGAAAUAUUACGUAUCCAUGUUGCGCAAGGUAUUUUGAAACUUUUACAAAUGGAAGUUAAUCCUUUUGACUUUGAUUACGUCCAGUCGCCCUCACCAGCGGCAAUGAAAAGUGCAGUCGAAGAGCUUAUGAGUAUAGAAGCUGUUGACAAAGAUGGAAUUACUGAGCUUGGAGAAUGGAUAGUGCGACUCCCUAUUGAACCAAGGCUUGGAGUGAUGGUUAAAAAGGGAAUUGACAUGGGUGUUUCUCUUGAAUCGAUUGUCAUUGCAACUUGUUGUAAUCAACAAGUGUUCUUUCGCACUGGUUCAGAUGAAGAGAAAAAAGUAUCUGAUGAAAAACUGGAGUUCUGUCACAUUGGAGGUGACUUACUGACUAUGUUGUCGGUAUAUAGAGAGUGGGAUAAAGUCAACGAAAAGGAAAAGGGCAAAUGGUGUAAUACAAAGAGCGUCAAUGGAAAAUCAAUGAAAGGCGUUCGGGAAAUGGUCGAUGAAAUAUGCACAUCACUGAAGAGAGAGUUGGAUGUGAAUAUCCGGCAUAAUUUUAUUGAAGUAGCUGAAGCCGAUUCACGUAUAGGAAAGUUAAUUUUUGAAUGCAUGUACUCUAACCUGGGUUACUACCUUGGACAUGAAAGUGCGGGCUACCUGAUUGUUAAUCGCAAUCACAGGGUACAGAUACACCCUUCUUCAGCCCUGAUUUCUCUAGGCUGUCAGCCUGAAUGGAUAGUCUUCAACAGAGUUUUGAAAACCUCAGCGGAUUUUAUCACAGAGAUAACGCCAGUUCCGGAAGACUACAUUAAGGAGGCGGAGCGCUUAGGCAAAAUCAAACUAGACAGAACAGCAUUGCACAAUCAACGGAUUGAACGAGUGAGCACAAUUCCAGUUGGAAAACAUGUGUUUUGGAAGUUUGUUGGACCAAUGCAUAAAGAACGAAAGUCAUUAGAAGCGGACAUUCAAGAUGUUUGCAACGGUUCCAAUGUGAUAAUUGAAGCAAAUAGACGGAGAGGUGAAGUAGUAUUGUUUACAGUCCCGCAAUAUUCUAAACUUGCGUUGGACAUACUUAAGAAAAACCUCAAACCAUUACCUUCUCAGCUAUUGAACGAACGAAUAGAAAAGCCUUUGUGCGAAUCAGAAGUGAGGGUGGUUAUAAAAGAAGGUGGUGAAGUUGCUGAUAUAUUGAUGCCAGAUCAAUACAGGGUCUGUAACAUCAAGAAGAAUGACUCCGCUGAAAAUUCCUUAACGGAAGACGAGGUACACACCGUAUUGUCUCAGUUCGGACCAUUAGAGCAGAUUUGGCAAACAACAGAAAAUCGAAGCACAAACAGCAUGUUUUGGGGGAAAGUAACAUUCACAAAUGCAAGCGAUGCUAAUGAAGCUGUAAGUGGCAUAAGACCGGAAGACGUUGUUCGCUUACUGAUGACGAGGAUACAGGUAUUAGACGGAGAUAUUUCUGUCCAGCCAGCCAAAGAACGCCUAGACGAUAAGAAGUCAGAUCUUUUCAUAAGGGGAAUACCUUUGACAGUUUGUGAGGAUGAUAUUAAAGAAGGUCUAGCAAAUUCACUAGGUGUUGUCAAUUCUAAAGAGCGCUUCACCGUUUUUAUCCCGCGUGAGAAUUGUACUCUUCGAACAAAUGAGCUUGGAUUGGUACGAACAGAGUUGACGAAUUUGUUGUCUACGUUGUCCAGACCGGAACAUUUCCGAUCAAAUGUGGUAGAGUACAGGCAACAAACAGUUACUGCUUUUGCAUUUGUCACUUUCAAUAAUGCAGAAAUGUGUGAACAUGUUGCUGACAGGAUAAAUGACGGGGGUUGUUAUAUCAAUGACUGCAAAUUACGCGCGGAGGUUGAAUAUAAGUCAUCUGUGCAUGUGAAGCGGUUCUUGUUUGAUCUUCUGAAACAAGACAUUAAUGAAAAGGUAGAAAUGUAUCGAACACAAAGUCAGUCCACAACGGUUGAAAUAAGGUCGCUGAUAUCUGGCAACUUUUCGCUUGAUAUACAGUCUAUUUCUUCACAAAACUUAGCUAGGGCAAAGGUUUCAUUUGACAAACUUGUUCAAGGGGAAGUGUUGGAUUGUGAUGUAAUAAACAACAUUCAAGUGUUAUUCUUUGGUGAUGGUCUUGCGAAGAUAAAAGAAAUCGAGAAGUUUAGUGGUGCGGUCAUUAUUCUUGAUGAAAGGCGCAUGCAGAUUUCCGUUCAAGGAAGUACAGCUUCAAAGAAAACAGCUAUUGCACUCAUAAGAACAGAAGUUCUAAGGUGCGCUGAUUCGAAGGAGACAAUAGUUCGCCUGAAAGGUGAAGAUAACCCACCCGGUUUAAUGAAGGCAUUGGUCGUCAAGUAUGGGAUAAAACUUGAUGAAUUGAAAACUAAAACCGGUUUGUCGUCGAUAACAUUGAAUUUUCGAUACCAUGAAAUAUCGUUGUCGGGUAAAGAUGGCGCCGUUGUGAAAGCAAUAUCAAUUAUUGGGGAGCUUAAAGAGUCUCUGUCAAGGGACAAAACCGCCGCGAAUGCUAGCACAGAUUUGCCGGAUUGUCCAGUAUGUCUGACCCCUAUAAAUGAAGAAGAUAUGUUUCGACUUGAAUACUGCGGUCAUGCCUAUUGUGAAACCUGCCUGACGAACCAAAUAAGAUUUGCCAUACAGAAUAAAGAAUUUCCGGUCAGCUGUGCGGUACAAAAUUGCGACAAAGGUUUCGUUGCUCGUGACUUCAAUUUUCAAAUGGGAAAUAACUUCAUUAUGCCAUCAGAACUUGUCCAGGCAUCUAUGACAAGCUUCGUAAGAAGGCACAACAAAGAGUACAAGUUUUGUCCAACGCCGAAUUGCAAUAUGGUAUACAAGGUAUCAGGAAUUGGUGGAAGGUUUGACUGUGUUCUUUGUAAAUCUUCGACGUGCACAAAGUGCCAUAUUGAGUUCCAUGAAGGCCUCACCUGCGCCAUGUACAUAAGUGCAAAAAAUGAUGAAGAUUCUGUGCGAAGAUGGAUAAACGAAGAUCCUCAGAACAGAAAGAGUUGCCCUGUUUGUAAUAUAAGUAUCGAGAAGAUCGAUGGUUGUUAUCACAUUACGUGCAAGUGUGGUUCUCAUGUGUGCUGGAAAUGUCUCAAGUACUUUUCGUCAAUGUCCGCUUGCUACGGACAUAUGCAAGCCGAGCAUGACUCGUUUGUGUAACCCGGUUUAAAAA